AUGACAAUCUCCUAUCGCAACAUGGAACUUUCGAGUUUCGCUUUGAAGCUCGACCAUGACAAGCUCGUGGCCCUUGCCAUCAUCAGCUUGGCCACUCUGGUCACCUCUUUGGCAGCCAUCGCUAUCUACCGCGUCUGGUUCCAUCCACUCUCCAUUUUCCCCGGUCCCAGAUGGCUCGCAGUUACCAACAUCCCCGAACGCUGGAUGAGCAACAUCUCAGGAACCUGGAUCUGGAGAGUCUCGCCCUUGCACCGCAAGUACGGUCCCAUCGUGCGCAUUGGACCUAACCGCCUUGCCGUUGAUGGCAGUAUUGGCUGGUUCCAGGUCUACGCCAUGAGAGGCAAAGAUGACGAGUUUCCCAAGUAUCCUGAGUACAUCUUCCCUGGUGAUGGUCUCAGUAUCCUUGGCGCCAACCAAACAAAUCAUCGUCGUCAUCGUCGACAGUUUUGGUCUGCUUUCAACGACCAAGCCCUUGUUGAACAAGAAAUCGUUAUCCAGCCCUACACGGAUAUGCUUCUCCAGCGUCUGAGUGAACGAGCCAAGGUGGGCGACCCCAUCAACAUCGUUGAUUGGAUCAACUUUCUCCUCUUUGACAUUGCAGGGGAGCUGGUCUUCUCUCAGCCUUUUGAUUGUCUGGAUAAGCAGGAGUACCACCCUUGGGUGUCCAACUUCUUCUGGGCCGUCAAGGGUAAUGCCAUGAACCGCUUUGUCAAGCACUACCCUGUCAUCGAGCCUCUCAUGAACUUCUUCUUCACCGGAAAGGAGCAGAUCAAGCGGGAGACGGACCAGCGGAACAUGACGUUCCAUCACGCCAUGCAGCGUAUGAAGCUUGGAGAGCAACCCACCCCUGGUCGUCGAGACUUCAUGAGCUUCUUGAUGCGGCGUAACCGUGAUGGUGGCGGUCUCACUGAUCCAGAGAUCCUCGUCGAUUGUCCUGUCUUGAUUGGUGCCUCUAGUGAGACCACCACUACUGCACUAUCAGGAUUCUUCUUCUACCUUGGUACUUCUCCCCAAGCCUACCAACGAUUGGUGGAGGAGGUCCGUUCCUCUUUCAAGAGUGAGAGCGAGAUCAACAUGAAGACCACCAAACAGCUCGAGUACCUCAACGCCACUGUUGAUGAGGCAUUGAGAGUUUAUCCACCUGCUGCCGAAUCGCCACCAAGAAUCAGUCCUGGCGCCGAGAUUGAAGGCAAAUACCUUCCCAAAGGAGUCAUCGUGUCCAUCUACCAGUGGGGUACAUUCCAUAACCCUGAUAACUUUGCUGACCCAGAUGAUUACAUCCCUGAGCGAUGGCUCCAGCCGUCUCACCCGCUGCACAACCCCAAGUACGCCAAUGACAACCGCUCAGUGUUCCGGCCUUUUGGAUUCGGUAUGAGGGACUGCCUUGGUAAGAAUCUUGCUCAUGCCGAGAUUCGUGUUGUCGUCAGUCGAAUCUUGUAUCGGUUUGACUAUGAGUUGGGUCCCAACCAGGAGGAUUGGCAUUCUUCUCAGAAGUGCUACCUUGCUUGGGAUAAGAAGCCGCUUAUCUUGACUUUGAAGCCGAGAGAUUUUGCACCUUGA